AUGCCAACAGCAACAACCACAGUGAGUUUCCACACCAGCUCCGAAUCAUCUUCAUCAUCAUCCUCUCCAUUAUCACCUAAGUGCAUCAUCAUCAUCAUCAUCACUAUCAUCAUCAUCACCAUUAUGACAAACUUCAGCACUACUGAGUCCUGGGUUUUUAUCAAUACUUCAUUCCCCAUCCUGCCUGUAAUAGCCAGUCCCACUAACAGGAGUGGCAUGGAAGCCUAUCUUCAAAGACUGGCUCAUUUAGACGAGGGGCUCUACAGUGACUUCUACGGCCUCUGGAUCACGCUGAUGGUCAUAAACUCUCUCAUAUUUCUGGUGGGCAUGGUGCUCAACAUGGUUGCGCUUUAUGUUUUCUGUUUCCGCACUAAGCAGAAGACCACCUCAGUGAUCUACACCAUAAACCUGGCGGUGACAGACCUCUUGGUGAAUCUCUCUCUGCCGACUCGCAUCCUUCUCUACUACAGUGGAGGGGCUUGUCUCACCUGCUCCUACCUGCACAUCUUCAGCUACUUUGUCAACAUGUACUGUAGCAUCUUGUUUCUGACCUGCAUAUGUGUCGACCGUUACCUUGCCAUCGUGCAGGUUGAAGCUUCCCGUCGGUGGAGGAGUUCCAGUGUGGCCAAAUGUGUGUGUGUCUCUGUCUGGCUGUUUGCCAUCGUGGUCACCUACUCCUUCCUCUCCACUGCUUUCCAGCAUACAGGCUGCUGCCUCUCAAAGCUCCUCUUUCUUACCAUCACCGAGUUCUUUCUACCCCUCAUCAUCAUUGUUGUCUUCAACUUGCGGAUUAUGUGGGCCCUUGCCGACCGCCAUCUGAUGCAGCAGAGCAGGGAUAGGAGAAUGAGGGCUGUCCAGCUGCUGACCACAGUGCUCAUCAUCUUCACUGUGUGCUUCACACCCUUCCACAUUAGACAGGUGGUGGUGUACUUCUACCCUGACAUGCCUCAUCAUGUGAUUGUCUACCACUUAACCGUCACUCUCAGCAGUUUGAAUAGCUGCAUGGAUCCUGUCGUCUACUGCUUUGUAACAAAUAAUUUCCAGGCCACUAUGAGACAUCUUUUCCGUCGUGCAGAGCCCGAGCAGACCAGCGGUGACAUAAUCAGCAUGCAGCACAGCUCGAAGGCCUCAGGAGUGAUGGCCAACGCCACCACUAAUAAUGUGAUCAUGAUGACCAAGAUUCCCUCUUCAUUACAGAGAGACAAUCCGGGGAAGAACCAUACAGUUUAA